CAUUUAUUUAUUAUUUUUACAGACAAAUUUUCGGGCACUGCCACAGUAGAACAUGACUUCAUCCAAGUCGAUGUAAUGACGUCAUGGGGUUGGACAAAAAGUGACGUACACAUGCACGUGUUUCCAAAAAAGGAAGUGCUUGCUAGGCAACAGAGCCCCAGGGGAAUUCCGCUUAAUGUUGCGCUGAUUAUGUUCGACUCUACGUCGGCCGCUAACUUUAGAAGAAAAAUGCCGAACAGCUUGGAAUAUCUGACAAAUAAUCUGAACUCGCUCUUAAUGAGAGGUGAGGUGAAACAUUUCCCAAGAAACAGAUCUUAGUCCCUGCCUCCUCCGGGCUCUAAACUUAGCGGGGAACGAGGAGGUGCUGGGGACCGGUGAGAGGCGCGGGAACGAGCACAGAGCGCGUGCGGGAAGCGAUUGGAAGAAGUGAAAAAGUUUUUUCUACCCUUCAUUUCCUUUACCCCCGCUUUUCUUGACUAUUAACUUAAUAAUCUUAAAAUAAGCGAUUGCAAAUCAUUGGAGAGAAAGCAAUCAUACUCCUAUUUUGACGACGUACUUGACAUUCCAAUUAAUCCACAGUGACACUUCCUAAAACGGCACCUUGACUUUGGUCUGUGCUUUUUUUGGUUAUUAUUUUUUUCUCUACCAUUUUGUUUAUUUUUAUAAUCGAAAUCGAAAUCGAAAUGGUGACCGUCUGGGCGCAAAAAUGACAACAUUGCCAUUGCUUUUAUACAAAUCAUUUUGCCGUCACGAUAUAAGGUCCGUUCCAUCUGUUUUUCAAUUAAUAUUUUUGCCAGCCACUGUUUUGAGGCUCAUUGACCUUGUAUUACAUGCAAUACUAUAGGUGAAACUGUAGUUGGGGACGGUACCACAGCUCAGCUAGUUCCUCUUCUUACCGGAAUUGUUGAACAGCAACAAACAGAAGCAAGAGUAAGGAUGGGAAGCGCAGCCAACCCUGUCGACAAAUGGCGAUGGAUAUUUAAGGAUUAUAAAGAAAACGGAUAUGUGACAAUGUUCUCCGAGGACUCGCCCCGCUUUGCGGCGUUCAAUAAUCGCUUGAAAGGCUUCAGAGAUCCUCCAACGGACCAUUAUGCACGACCAUUCUGGCUGGCAGCGUUAGAUUUGGGUUGGGAGCGGUUUUGCAUCAACAGUAAAGCUUCGCACAAGGUUUCAUUUGAAUACUUGCUGAGCUAUUUUCGUGCCUACAAGAAUAAACCGAAAUUCUCUUUCGUCUCUCUUGCUGCUUUGUCUCAUGACAAUAUAAACAGCAUUGGUUAUGCAGAUAAUGACUUCAAGACAUUUCUGCAACAAAUGAAGGAAGAAUCCUUCCUUUCCUACAAGAAUAAACCGAAAUUCUCUUUCGUCUCUCUUGCUGCUUUGUCUCAUGACAAUAUAAACAGCAUUGGUUAUGCAGAUAAUGACUUCAAGACAUUUCUGCAACAAAUGAAGGAAGAAUCCUUCCUUGAUAGCACCUUUCUUGUCGUAUUCGGGGACCACGGUUCGCGAUUUUCCGCCCUGAGGCAAACUGUUCAAGGGAAGCUGGAGGAACGGCUUCCAUUUCUGUCAAUCACAACACCCAGAUGGUUUUCAGAUCAAUACUCUGAGCUGUAUAACAAUCUUAUCCAUAAUGCAGAUAUUCUCACCACACCGUUUGACUUGUACGCUACGCUACGUCACAUUUUGACGUAUCCAAAGUAUCCAAGCGGGAUCGAAACCGGUCAAAGCUUGUUUAACCGGAUUGACGAGGGAAACCGUACUUGCGCCGAGGCAGGCGUCGAGGAUCAUUGGUGUCCUUGUCUUAAUUUGGAGGAAAUUUCUGUAAACGAACCUGUAAUUAGGCAGUUAGCGGAUUUUGUUUUGAGUUAUAUGAAUAAUUUGCUUUCACAAAACCCGAGAAUAACAAAACUGUGUCAAAAGCUAACUUUGAAGGAGGUGAAAAGUGCUUUCAGGGAUAUGCCUAGUGAAGAAAUGCAGUUUUUUAAGAAAUCUAAACGAGACAAGAUAUGCGACACCUGCGGACUUGAGUAUGGAAGUAAAUCAAAAAACACACUUGUUUUAGACACGCUUUAUCAGUUACAAUUAAUCUCGUUUCCUAACGACGGACUUUAUGAGGCAUCUGUUAGAAUGACUAAAGGUGCUCCUUCACUUGUGGGUGAAAUCAGUCGUCUGGACGCCUACAAAGAUCAGAUCUACUGUAUACGAGAUUUAUACCCUCAUGUACGUAAAUAUUGUUACUGUUAUUAG